AUGCUCUGGCUUAGCGAUGGCAGGGCAAGACCCUCCAGGACGCUGUUAGCUUCUCUCCUAGCUGUGGUGCUGCUCAAUAGCCCAGCUCCAGUGGUCCUCGGAUUGAGAACUACCCCAGGUUCGCCUUGUACAGACGUCUGUGGUACCACGACGAACACGACUUCCUCCGAGAUUACGUGUUUGGAUGAAAACUAUAAUUCAACCUCCGUAGGGAAGGACUUCCAGAAAUGCAUCUCCUGUCAAUUAGACAGCGAAUUCCACGAUGCGGAAACCGGGGACUCGGACGUGAACUGGGCGCUCUAUAACCUGCGCUACGCUUUCUCAACCUGUGUAUUCGGGUAUCCGGAUUCGAUCUCCAAUGUCUCAUCGCCGUGUCCAGUCGCAUGCGAUGGCGUGCGUCUCGCAGUGGAAAACGACAUCGAUGAGCCGGAUGUAUCGAAUCUGGCCGCCUGGUGUGAGACACCGUCCUUUGCAGAUAACGUCGUUGACACCUGCGAAUUCUGCUACAACAUGACGACGCAGCAGGUGUACAUCGCAAACUUCCUCGAAUCCAUCCGCUACAACUGCCACUUCAAAACACCAACCGGCAACACCUUCAAGAUCGCCCCAUCAAGGAUCUUCACCCAAUCCCUCCUCCCAUCAAGUCUCUCCCUCACGACCCCCGGCGCAUCCCACUCAAACCUAAACCUAGGCGUGGUAAUUGCCGUCCCAAUCGUAGGGUUCCUAAUCCUAAUCUGCUCAAUCACCAUCUGCUGCAUCUUCUUCAUCCGCCACCGUCGAAAGAAGAACCGGCGCACCCGCCGCUCAUCCGCGUACAACCGCUGGAACGACCUGAACGGCGCACAGCAGCAGCCCUGGACCGAUAGCCCGAUACACGGUGCUGCCGGGCACGGAUAUGGAUCUGGGUUUGUGUUUGUUGACAACGAUGGUCGUGGGCAGGAGCUUCCAUACGGUCAUGGGCACAGCCAGCAGCAAUAUGCGCAGCAGUACCAGGCCCAGGAUAAGAGCGGGUUCACGCAUGAUAUUGUUGAGCAGCCUAGGCAGUAUCCCGUCCCAGUUCAUGAGCAGGUUGUGGAUCCUGAUCAGAAGAAUCCGAGUCAGUGGCAGUGA